UUUUUUUUUUACUUUUGAGUUUGAUAAUUCUUUAUGUAUUCCAGAUAUUAGUCCUUUCUCAGAUAUGUGGCUCACAAAUAUCUCUUGCUGCCUGUAGCUUGUCUUUUCAUCCUCUUAGCAGAGUCUUCCUCAGAGCAAAAGUUUUCAGUUUUUCCUUUUAUAGAUUGUGCUUUUGGAGUCAUAUCUAAGAACUCUUUGCAUAGCCCCAGAUCCUGAAGAUUUUCUCCUGUGUAUUUUCCUAAAGGUUUAUGGUUUUGUGUUUGAAUCUGUGACCCAUUUCCGGUUGGUUUCCGUAUGAGAUGUGAGGUUUGGAUCCUUAUUUUCCCUUGCUUGUGGAUGUCUAGCUGCUCCAGCACCGUUUGUUGAAAAGGUUGUCCUUCCUCCAAUGCAUAGUUUUUGCACCUUUGUCGAAAAUCAGUUGGGCGUAUUUGUGUGGGUCUGUUUCAGGUUCUCUAGUCUGUUCCAUUGACCUAUGAGUCUGUCCCUCUGCCAACACCGCAGUCUGGAUUAGCCCACCUAUAUUCUGAGUCCUGAAACCCUGCAUGUUGCUCCAGGCCCUACCAGGCAGGACUGGGGAGGAGUUUCUGGCUGUUGGCAGGUCCUGCCCCAGUGUCACCAUCCCAGAGUCGGGCAGUGGGGACUGGGGACGCUAGCUUUCCCUUGCCUCCCAGGCCUACCUCUGCCUAGAGUCCAAGUGCCCCUGAGCCUGCUGGAGCCACCAGCCCCUUGCUUUUUCUUGCCUCUGCCUCCUGGGUGGGGCCUGAUCCCUCUGGGAGGGGCCUCACCAGAUGGGAGGUGGACAGGCGUGCCGACUGCCUCCCUCUCACCUGAUGGGCCACCUUCCCUCCCAGCCCUGGCUCUGCUGUGACUCCUGAGCCCCUUACCUCAGUGCUCUGUGAGGGGAAGUCCAGGUGAGGUCCCCAAGCUCCCAAGGCAGAGGCGCCUGUGGCGGGCCAGUGGGCCCGAGUUGCAGCCCCCACUGUAACCCUCACCUGCGGAGGGGCUCACCCCUCUGCGUCUCCAGGGCUGUAUUUGCAGUGGAUGCAGUGGUAAUCCUGCUUCCCUCGGGCUGCACUGGCCGUGAGGUCCCUGGUCAGCACUGAGGAAUGUGAGCCUUGCUGGAGUGGCGGGAUUGGACCACAAGAGCCAGAGCAGCUGAGUCCCACGUAAGCACCAGUGAGAGCUGCUUCCUGCCACCUGCAUACCUGGCCUUUAGGCUGCUCGGAAGCCAAUGAACCCCACGAACCCCAUGAAACCUGCCCUGCCCCCCGCACCACAUGGUGAUGGUCCAUUUGUUUAUGAGGCGGUGCCUUGGCAACAAAGUGCCACUCAGCCAGCAGGAUCGCUGUCUGUGGUCACGACCGUGUGGGGAGUUGGCAACGCGGCCCAGAGCCAGGUUUUGGGGAACCCCAUGGGCCCUGCAGGGAGCCCCCCUGGCAGCUCCAUGAUGCCUGGCAUGGCAGGCGGCAGCUCUGCCCUGAACACCCCGCAGUGCCUCGGACAGCAGGCAUUUGGUGAGGCUGGCGCCAACAAGGGCUACGUGCAGCCAGGGAUGUAUGGCCGCGGGGGUUACCCUGGGGGCCCGAGCUUCACCACUGGGUAUGCAGGUGGCCCGGGGGGACCAGGGGGCCUGGGCCUCCCCUCACAUCCCACACGACCCUCCACUGAUUUCACUCAAGCAGCAGCUGCUGCUGCCGUGGCUGCUGCUGCCGCCACCGCCACCGCCACGGCCACGGCCACCGUGGCCGCCCUGCAGGAGAAGCAGAGCCAGGAGCUGAGCCAGUACGGAGCGAUGGGGGCCGGACAGUCUUUUAACAGCCAGUUCCUACAGCACGGAGGUCCCCGGGGUCCCAGCGUCCCCAGCAGCAUGAACCCUGCCAGCGUGGGAGGGCUGAUGGGCCCCUCCAGCAUGAGCCCCAUGGGCGUGAACCCACCCCGGGCAGCAGGCAUGGCGCCCCUGUAUGCAGGGCAGCGCCUGCCCCACGGGUACCCUGGGCCUCCCCAGGCCCAGCCACUGCCCCGGCAGGGGGUCAAGAGAGCCUACUCCAGUGAGGUAUAUCCAGGGCAGCAGUACCUGCCAGGAGGCCAGUAUACACCUGGGCCCGGGCAGCCCCCUGCCCCUUCCUCCUUCCCCGGGCACCGGCUGCCCCUGCAGCAGGGAGUAAGCCAGUCCCUGUCCACCUCGGGUCCCUCAGGACUGCACUACAAGCCCACAGAGCAGUUCAACGGGCAGGGCGCCAGCUUCAACGGGGGGAGCGUCAGCUACAGCCAGCCCGGCCUGAGUGGGCCGACCCGUUCCAUCCCUGGCUACCCCAGCUCCCCACUGCCGGGGAGCCCCACGCCACCCAUGACUCCCAGCAGCGGCGUCCCCUACAUGUCCACCAGCCAGGAGGUCAAGUCUCCCUUCCUGCCUGACCUCAAGCCCAGCGUGAGCUCCUUGCACUCGUCACCCCUGGGCAGUGGCCCCUGUGAUGAGCUGCGGCUGACCUUCCCUGUGCGGGACGGGGUGGUCUUGGAGCCCUUCCGCCUGCAGCACAACCUGGCUGUGAGCAACCACGCCUUCCAGCUCCGAGACUCCGUCUACAAGACCCUGAUGCUGAGGCCUGACCUGGAGCUGCAGUUCAAGUGCUACCACCAUGAGGACCGGCAGAUGAACACCAACUGGCCGGCCUCGGUGCAGGUCAGCGUCAACGCCACCCCGCUCACCAUCGAGCGCGGCGACAACAAGACCUCUCACAAACCCCUGUACCUGAAGCACGUGUGCCAGCCGGGCCGCAACACCAUCCAGAUCACCGUCACGGCCUGCUGCUGCUCCCACCUCUUCGUGCUGCAGCUGGUACACCGGCCCUCUGUCCGCUCAGUGCUGCAGGGUCUCCUCAAGAAGCGCCUCCUGCCUGCCGAGCACUGCAUCACCAAGAUAAAGCGGAACUUCAGCAGUGGCACCAUCCCCGGCACCCCUGGGCCCAAUGGAGAGGAUGGGGUGGAGCAGACGGCCAUCAAGGUGUCUCUCAAGUGCCCCAUCACCUUCCGCAGGAUCCAGCUCCCCGCCAGAGGUCAUGACUGUCGCCACAUACAGUGCUUCGACCUGGAGUCAUACCUACAGCUCAACUGUGAGCGGGGGACCUGGAGGUGCCCUGUGUGCAACAAGACAGCAUUGCUGGAGGGCCUGGAGGUGGACCAGUACAUGUUGGGCAUCCUCAUUUACAUUCAGAACUCCGACUAUGAGGAGAUCACCAUCGACCCCACGUGCAGCUGGAAGCCGGUGCCAGUGAAGCCCGAUGUUCAUGUCAAAGAGGAGCCGGACGGGCCUGUGCUGAAACGCUGUCGCACCGUGAGCCCCGCCCAUGUGCUCAUGCCCAGCGUGAUGGAGAUGAUAGCUGCCCUGGGCCCUGGCGCCGUCCCCUUCGCCCCCCUGCAGCCCCCCUCGGCCCCGGCCCCCGGCGACUACCCCAGCCAGGGUUCCAGCUUCCUGGGACCCGGGACCUUCCCUGACUCCUUCCCACCCACCACACCUAGCACCCCGAGCCUUCCUGAGUUCACCCCAGGGCCACCUCCCAUCUCCUACCAGUCCGACAUUCCCAGCAGCCUCCUGACGCCAGAGAAGUCUGCCCCCUGCCUCCCGGGCCAGAUGGCACCAGCGCGUCACUUGGACCCGGCCCACAAUUCCGGGCCUCCGGGGCUGCAUGCCCCCAACCUUGGAGGUCCCCCAGGGCCCCAGCUGCACCAUCCAAACCCUCCUCCAGCGUCCCGGCAGCCCCUGGGCCCGGUGAGCUCGGGUCCUGUAGGCGACCUGGCCUUCAACACUGCCACAGGCGUGAUGGGGCCCCCCAUGUCUGGCGCGGGCGAGGCCCCGGAACCAGCCCUAGACCUGCUGCCAGAACUGACCAACCCCGAUGAGCUGCUGUCCUACCUGGGCCCGCCUGACCUACCCACAAACAGCAAUGACGACCUGCUCUCUCUGUUUGAGAACAACUGAUCCUGUUGUCUCAGCCUGCUGGCGGGGACAUGCCCACAGAUGUCACCACGCCCUGCUCCUCCAGCCCAGCUCCACCUGGCACCAGUGGCCCUCCUCUGCCCAUCCCCACCCACAUACCUGGAGCCAGAACCUGCCCAGCCCCCUGGCUCCU